AUGUAGUCUUUAGAGUCUAAUAAAAUCAUUAAUAGCCAAAUUAGAUAAAGUUUAUAGAUUAAUUAUAAGAAUGUAUUUGAAUUGUAAUAUAAAAAUCCAUUGUAAUUUUAUGUAUAGAUAAAGAAUAAUGAGAGUGGAUAUUAUGAAAAUAAUAUUAAUAAUUAAAUUACUCCAGGAGAAAGAAUCAACAAACAAUUUAAACAUUACAAAAUUUUGAUCAAAAUUAAUAAUGAAAUGUAAAUGUAGAUUAUAAAUUAAUUAAAUAAUCUCUAAUUUAAUAAUAGAUUUAUAGUCUUGAUGAUUAAUUCACACUGUUAGUUAAUUGGAUAUAUUUUUAAAUCUACUAACAAUAAGUAGAUUAAUAAUUCAAAGUAUAAAUUAUUUUUCUGUUAAAAUGGGUUAUUGGAACAAGUAAUCAAUAAUACAAAUUAGAAUUUGGUUUGA